UCCCGGUCCGGCCGCCGCCGCUGCCCCGCUCCGGGCCCGGGGCUCCCUCUAGCGCCGCUGAGGAGCCGCCGCCGCGGCUCGAAGAGGGCGGAGGAGCGGGGCUGAGAGAGCCCGGAGGCUCGAGCGGAGGAUAGAAGGACAAGAACAGAAUCACCAGCACUGGCUGAAGGUACCUUAACAUGGGGAAUCUUCUUAAAGUUUUGACAUGCACAGACCUUGAGCAGGGGCCAAAUUUUUUCCUUGAUUUUGAAAAUGCCCAGCCUACAGAGUCUGAGAAGGAAAUUUAUAAUCAGGUGAAUGUAGUAUUAAAAGAUGCAGAAGGUAUCUUGGAGGAUUUGCAAUCAUAUAGAGGAGCUGGCCAUGAAAUACGAGAGGCAAUCCAGCAUCCAGCAGAUGAGAAGUUGCAAGAGAAGGCUUGGGGUGCAGUUGUCCCACUAGUAGGCAAAUUAAAGACAUUUUAUGAAUUUUCUCAGAGGUUAGAAGCAGCACUAAGAGGUCUUCUGGGAGCCUUGACAAGUACCCCAUACUCUCCCACGCAGCAUCUAGAGCGAGAGCAGGCUCUUGCCAAACAGUUUGCAGAGAUUCUUCAUUUCACACUCCGAUUCGAUGAGCUCAAGAUGACAAAUCCCGCCAUACAGAAUGAUUUCAGCUAUUAUAGAAGAACGUUGAGUCGUAUGAGGAUUAAUAAUGUUCCAGCAGAAGGAGAAAAUGAAGUAAAUAAUGAAUUGGCAAAUCGAAUGUCUUUGUUUUAUGCUGAGGCAACCCCAAUGCUGAAAACCUUAAGUGAUGCCACGACAAAAUUUGUAUCAGAGAAUAAAAAUUUACCAAUAGAAAAUACCACAGAUUGUCUAAGCACCAUGGCUAGUGUAUGCAGAGUCAUGCUCGAAACACCGGAAUACAGAAGCAGAUUUACAAAUGAAGAGACGGUGUCAUUCUGCUUGAGGGUAAUGGUGGGUGUCAUAAUACUCUAUGACCACGUACAUCCAGUGGGAGCAUUUGCCAAAACUUCAAAGAUUGAUAUGAAAGGUUGUAUCAAAGUUCUUAAGGACCAACCUCCAAAUAGUGUAGAAGGUCUUCUAAAUGCUCUCAGGUACACAACAAAACAUUUGAAUGAUGAGACUACCUCCAAGCAAAUCAAGUCCAUGCUGCAGUAACAGCCGUGGAGUGCGCACCUGCUGUGGAUGGAAGACAGUAUUCUGCAGUGACUGGGAAUGCUCAGUUUUUAGUGAUUACAAUUACUAUCUCAUGUACUCUUGCUUUUUAUUUCUUGCCUAUGUUCCCUCUUCCCUCUUUUUUAAUCAUGUUCUCGUUCUUAAGACUUCUUUUCUGUGCCAAAAUCAGUAAAGUUAUACUCUGAAGGGAUAUUGUCCUUUCAAACCGGCCAUCUAAGGCAGCUAAUUAUGCAUUGCAUUGGGGUCUCUACUGAGAAAAAUUCUGUGACUUGAACUAAAUAUUUUUAAAUGUGGAUUUUUUUUGAAAACUAAUAUUUAAUAUUGCUUCUCCUGCAUGGCAAAACUGCCUAUUCUGCUAUUUAAAAACCCUCAAUGACUUUAUUUUCUACUGCCGCUUUUUUCAUGUGCAGCCAAAAUGAAAAUGUUUAAAUUAACUUGUGUUGUACAAAUGGUACCCAACACAAACUUUUUUUAAAUUAGUAAGACUUUUGUUUAAAGUUUUAAGUUUGCAUUUGACUUUUUUUGUAAGGAUGUAUGUUGUGUGUUUAACCUUUAUUAACUAACGUUAAAAACUGUGAUGUGUGCGUAGAAUAUUACGUAUGCAUGUUCAUGUUUAAAGAAUGGCUGUUGAUGAUAAAAUAAAAAUCAGCUUUCAUUUUUCUAA